UGGUGGUUCCUGCUUUCACUACAGCAGUGCUUACUGACUGUAGUGGUACCUGUUAUCACUGCAGUAGUACAUGCUGACUCUAUAGCAGUAUAUAUCGACUCUAUAGCACAAACUACUAACUUGACAGAGUGUCGUCGUGAGGCCUAGUCCCUGCAGAGCCCCCGGCCUCGCCUAGAUUGCCCAGCCGGCCGAGGUGGCACCUUGGCAGGCUGGCCGCUACCUACGCCCCCCCCACCAUCCCCCUGCCCGCUCUACGAUAAUAGUAUCUAAGUGCUAUAAUAUUAGUAUCUAACGACCCUAUAGUAGUAAGUGCACACAUUGGGGUUGGGGGGGGGGAGAAGAGGACAUAUUACUUUGAAGAAUUUAUCUCAGCGUUGUGUGUAUUUUCUUUUUAAUUUUUAACGUGUGCAUUGCUAGGGGCAACCCCCGGUCAGCUUUGUCUCGCAUGCGCAAAUGCGUGCUUUGGCGCUCGCAGAGCGGCGUAAGGAAAGAAAUAGUAAAUAUCACUAAAUUGUUAAUUUAGCUUACUUUAAAGUUGAUGGAUGGGAAAACGUAAUAUCGCUGGCUCACCACAGUGUUUAUGGCGUGGUACUUGGCUACUUUUUUAAAAAUGUAAAACCCACGGUUUGCGAGCCAAAUCCUUCGCAAGUUUCAUACACAGACAGACACACAGACACAUAGAGACAGACAGACAAAUAAUGCCUAUUAUAGGUAAGAUGAACAUAAUUGGGAACAAUGGGACAAUUAGUAGCCAACGAAAUCACAUUCUGGAAAAGAUAAAUACAUUUUUAAUUUUGUGCCUGAGUUUUGUAGAGUGUGUAUGGAAGGGGAUUUCAACCAAUGUCUAUUUUUGUAGCCAUCCGCCAUCCAAGCUGCUGCAAAACUGAGGCUUAAGUAAAAUAUAUUUCGAAAUUAAAACAGUUGACAAGGAUGGAACACCACAUGAAGAAAGUAAUACAACAUAUGAGAAGCGGGAGUCGGAAUAGGAAACAACUUUUAUCAAAUUGUUUCACAGCGACUUGAGAAUUGACAUUGGAAUUUGGGCACAGGAUAAAUGUGCAAGUUCACAACACUAUUGAAGAUGUUUAUUGGAGAAACACAACUGUUAAACAGAUCAAAGUAUGCUUACCAAUGUCAGGUAUCGCAGAUGGACUGAGAUUUGUAAAACAUUAAAUAAAUAGACGGAUGAGAGCAGGUUGGAGUACAUACCAAUGUGCCUAAAUAUGAAACAUUUCGGUCGGUGUGUAUGAACAUGUGUGACAUGGAUCGGAUACAAGGAAUCUGGCAGAAAAUUUUACAAUUGGUGAAAGUGCGUAAUUAAGCGUGGAGAGAAGCCUGCUUCGAAUUAUACUGAGACACAAAGAAGAACACAUGGACCAGGGAACACACACAUUAGAGACACAUUGACUUUAUGAAAGUGAGCUUGGUCAUAGAAAGGAUCAUGGCUGGUGGCUGAGCUUUGAUGACAGUGGCAGCCAAAGGAGAGAACAUGCCCAAGAGCACAUCCACCACGGAGAUGGAGGAAUGCGAUCAGCUCAAGUGGAGGAGCUAGAUGGAUUCUUGCAUUCCAAGUAGUAAUGGCUUGGGGAGGCAUUCAUCUAGUAGUGGAUAGAUCACGACCGAUGAUGCGGCUACAUCUAUCUACAUUUCUAUCAACGACAGAAAGAUAAAUAUUGACUGAUUAAAACCCAAGUUAUGUUCUAACUUCUACAUUUCAAGCCAUCCCAAAGCAUAUAAUCUCACUGGAUUAUCACCUGUUUAAAUAUACGAGGUUUUGUUCAGUGGUGUGCAUUUUACUGAACAAAUCUUUGUCAUUAAUGAUUUAUCCCCAAAAGCCUCAUACUAAAUGUUUCACGUACUGAAGAACAAGAUGCGGUACAGUCAGGAAACAUGUAGGUUAGCUAUACAGCAAAAACGUGGAAACCUACAUCUAAUCAUUACACCGGUUAAGAAAGUUUGACAUUUGACGUAUGUAUGUUUAACUUUUUUCGCACCCGUGCAUAGCUAACCGUACUCAUUUGGAGGUGCCACACGGCUGACUUAUAUUUCGUCGUGAGAGCCGGGAAAUACAUUGUGACUGCCACAUGGUGUGUGUAUCUUACAGUGAUGUGGGCCGUGUUAUGGAGGGGUGCGAGUUUGAGUCGUGGCUGCAGCAGGUGUCGCGGGGCUUCGUGUCGCUGUCGGACGGGCAGCGCAACGCUGUUCUGGACGUCCUCAUUGCCAGCAGCGGCCCCACGCAACUGCGGCACCUGUCGACGCAGCUCGAGUCACUGCUGAAGCGUGACUUCCUGCGCCUGCUGCCGCUGGAGCUCAGCUUUCACCUGCUCAAAUGGCUGGACCCCAGGAGCCUGCUCACGUGCUGCCUAGUGUGCCGCUCGUGGAAUAAGGUGGUGAACGGCUGUAGCGAAGUGUGGCUAUCUGCAUGUCGUGAGCUGGGCUGGCGAGUUCCGGAUGAGUGCAGCACGCAGGAUGGCCGCCACUGGAAGUGCGCCUACAUCCAGGCCAACCGGCGGCUGCGUCAACUGCGAAAGCAGCAGGCCUUUGAGACCUCCUCGCUUCUGGGACACAGUGCCCGUGUCUAUGCCCUCUACUACAAAGAUGGUCUACUGUGCACAGGCUCGGACGACCUUUCUGCCAAGCUGUGGGACGUAAAGACGGGGCAAUGCGUGUACGGCAUCCAGACGCACACAUGCGCUGAUGUCAAGUUUGACGAGCACAAGCUGGUGACGGCGUCCUUCGAUAACACGCUGGCGUGCUGGGAGUGGAGCACGGGCAAGCGCACACGCCACUUCCGUGGGCACACUGCUGCAGUGUUCAGCGUGGAUUACCGAGAUGAGCUGGACAUCUUGGUGAGCGGCUCGGCCGACUUCGCCGUCAAGAUCUGGUCGCUCUCGUCCGCCGCCUGUCUCAACACGCUCACCGGACACUCGGAGUGGGUCACCAAGGUAACAAUGGUGGUUUUUCAGCAAAGCAUGGUGGAGUCCCUCAUGCACAGCCCAGGAGAAUUCAUCCUCCUAAGUGCUGACAAGUACGAAAUCAAGGUGUGGCCCAUCAGUCGUGAGAUCAACUGCCAGUGCUUGAGAACUCUGUCUGUCAGUGACGACCGCACCAUCUGCCUGCAGCCUCAGUUGCACUGCGAUGGGCGCACGAUCAUGUGCGCCUCCGAUCUCGGAGUCAUCCAGUGGGAUUUCUCCAACUACCAGCAGAUCAGGGUGAUGAAAUGUGGCGAUGCACCGCCGAUGUCGCUGCUGCGCUUUGGCGAGACGUUCGCACUGCUGCUGGAUCAGCGGAGCCUGUGCGUGGUGGACGUGCGCUCGGAGCGCUGCGUCGGCACGUGGCCGCUGCCCUCGUACCGCCGCUCCAAGCGUGGAUCGAGCUUCCUGGCCGGCGAGGCCGAGUGGCUGCACGGCUUCAGUGGCGGCAACGACCGGGGUCUGGUGUUUGCCACCAGCAUGCCGGACCACAGCAUCCACCUGGUGUUUUGGAAGGGUGACGGUUGAGCGCCGGAAAGCAGUGCAGAGUAAGGAAGCGUGAGCGGUGGCUGGCAGUGGGCGGGGGGAGAGCCAUCGGUUUAUAUCAGCAGUCUCCAACGCAAGCUCUUAACGGCAGUGGGGGUUGGGGGGGGGGUAACCCCUGAAAGGGCUACGGCCGUGUGAUGUUGACAGAAGAGUAAGGCAGUUAAUCCUCUUAAAAGUAAGGCAGUUAAUGUUUUAAUAAGCUGACCAUACACACCCAUGCUCCUUUUAGUAAGCUCAAUUAUAGUCUGGGGUUCCAUAUUAAACAAAAGCCAUUUGUGCACGUGUGUAUGUGUAUUAUAUACGCGCGCACACACACACACAACUAUAGCUGUGACUGCUUUUAAAUUAAUGCGUAAUAUUAGCAUGACCAUGUUCACUCUCGUCAUAACUGAUAACAGUACUCUGCUGAUAUUUUGCCAAUAAGUGAGAAGAGGAAGAAUGUUGAGGAAGCCAGUUUUCAGGACAUGGUGCAAGUGGUCCUCUUUGUCUGUAAGAGUCUAGAAAAAAGGCCACUGUCCUCUCUGCAUGGUUCAAAAGCUUAUAAUCUGCUGGAAGGCUGCAUCCAUAUUGCAACAGAGGGUGCUGACUUUAGCACAGAGCCAAGCUAGUUGAUGGUGCUUCAUAAUGACGGAACACGUUUUAACUUUAUUUUCUCCAGUCAUUGCGGUGCCAGCUUCACAGCCAAGUCCGGUUUGACCGAGGAUUGCAUCAUUCUGGUCUUUGCUAGCAAGGCAACAAAAAUGGAAAAAAAAAAGUAUUGGCUUUCUUUCAUUGCGUCCGUGUCUUUUUUAAUUUAAUAUAUUUUUUAUAUAUGUAUAUUUAAUAGCUCGAUAACAGUGAAAUAAAUUGUACAGUUUAUACGGAGUUUAUGAGCCAAAUAAAUAUGGUUAUUGGCCUGUGGCUUACUGGAAGGCAUCAAGUACCACGACUGAGUGAGUCUCUGCAUUGCUGCACGGGGGGCAUAUCGAUGUGCAAGGUCACCGGGUGGGGAAUCUGGUGAGAUUCUGUUUGUUUCCCACCCACCCAAGCGGUAAACAUUUGCAUGAAGCACACCUUGAUCCAGACGGCAAAGCGGACACUCACUACUAGUACGUGCCAGUAUCCGUCACACCUCGAUAACUGUUUUGGCUGUUCUCUAAAUCAGUCUGAAUAAAGGCUGGCUGUAAUGUUGAUUAAUUUAUUUUUUGAGCAUCUCAUUUAUUUGACACUGUUCACGAUCCAUCAUUUUUUGUUUAUUUCACUCGUUACUUUUGGGGGCAGCUGGGCGGAGAGUCGUUGUUUUGCUGCUGUUGAGUGGGUUUAUUUUUUCAACAACUUUUCCAUUAAUAAUAUAAACACAUCUUCACAAUGUCUUGCGGAAACAUAUUUAUGCCUUUAACCGUUAAAGCCCUACUAGACCAGAAGACAUGCAGGAGGUCACAGCUUUUACAGUUUCAAGGAGAAUGCUGCAGAUAUGAUCUGUUAAUUGUUAAAUUGAAAGUUCCUGAAUUGUCAGCGUUAUGUAAUAUAAAACUUGAACACCUGUACAAAUAAAUGAAAGUCUACUAUAGUUUUCUGUUUGUUUUUGAUUUAUUGAUUUAAAUGUCAUAUUUUUGCCUGCCAUUCUAUAGCCUGCCAACAUAUUUUGUCAGAUGCUUUUUUCCUGGGAACGUUUGAAAUGUAUAGUCUUAAAUAUUUCACCAAUGUUAAAGGAUAAACACCAAAAUAAAGCUAAACGAUUAUAUUUUCA